AUGUCAUUGUUUGGCACGUCACCGGACGACUUGCCGCAAGCAAAACAGUCGGCGCUCUUCGACGACGAGCCGGGCUCCGGCAACAAGAACGCGUCCAGCCUGUUCGGCGACGACUUUGAUGGCUCCGACUCGCCGUGGGCCUCAGCGCCCAAGAAGGCCGCUCGCGCCAACGUCGUCAAGACCCUGCUGCCCGCCGCCGAGGUGCCCGAAAGCUACAUUGACACCUACGACGCCCUGCUCGCCGAGGGCGACCGCUUCGGCGGCGGCGUCAACCUGAGCGGCGUCAGGAAGCUGCUGGGCGAGAGCAACCUGGGGCCGGAUGUGCAGACCAAGAUCCUGGACAUUGUCAUCCCGAACGGUCAAGAGCCAGAGAGCGGCAUCGGCCGUGGUGAGUUCAAUGUGCUCCUUGCGCUGGUAGGGCUGGCGCAGGAGGGCGAGGACAUUACCCUUGACGGCGUCGACGAGCGCAGAAAUAAUCUCCCAGAGCCAUCGCUCGGAAUCUCGAAAACGGCGAAAAACCACGAACCCAAGGAGGAGCCCGAGCCCGUCUCCGAAGCGACGCCCAGCCCGCCUAAAACGGUCCAGCCUGUAACGCCGAAGACCCAGUCUACACCGACCAUGCGCAAAGCGUCUUUUGGGCUGGAUGCCGACCCGUGGAACAGCCCGGAGGCGCAUAAAGGCCACAACCAUGCUGCCGUGGAGGAUUCUCCUCAGGCGAACGGGCAUCGAGAGUCUGCGUCGUUCUACUCGAACGGCAACGGCUUCCCUAGGACGACGAGCAGCUUUACGACCACGGCGGAGCAGUCGCAGAACACCAGUAAUGGCAGCACUCUCGGCAAGAACCAGUCGUCUGGUGGAGACAGUGCUGGCUGGGGAAGCUUUGGGGAUGCUGCAGGCAACGGCUUCUCCAAUUCUGGGCUCUCCAACGCUGGGCUCGGCGCAGGAUUCGGCGCGCCUCCGGGAGAAGGAGAUAAUAACGACCCUACCGGCCUGGGAAGAUCCCUCGGUGGAGGAUUGGCGGCCAACAACGGAGCUGAGGAGAUCAUCACGGUCACGGCCAUCGCCGAGAAGGAGGGCAUCUUCCUCUUCCAGCACCGCAACUACCAGGUUUGCAGCGUGCGCAAGAACAGCAAGGUUGUAAGGAGAUACAGCGAUUUCGUUUGGUUGUUGGAUUGUUUGCACAAGAGAUACCCGUUUAGACAACUUCCUUUACUUCCACCCAAGAGGGUAGCCAUCAAUGGCAAUUACCUCGCAGCCGAUGCCUCAUUCAUUGAGAAGAGGAGGAGGGGUCUUGCUAGAUUCGCUAAUGCGCUGGUUCGCCAUCCUGUUCUCAACCAGGAGCAGCUUGUUGUCAUGUUCCUGACCGUCCCAACGGAACUUGCGGUAUGGAGAAAGCAGGCUACGAUAUCGGUACAGGAGGAGUUCGUCGGCCGAACGCUGCCGCCAGGACUCGAGGACUCACUUCCGCCCACCCUCCAGGAUAUGUUCGACACCGUACGUGCCGGCGUGCGGCGUUCUGCGGAAAUGUACAUCAACCUUUGCCAGCUGAUGGAGCGCCUCUGCAAGCGCAAUGAAGGCAUGGCGGCUGACUACAUGCGCUUCGGGCUUGCGCUCCAGUCUUUGACUGAGGCCUCGAAGGACACUUAUUCUGUGGAUGCCAACGACGUGCCACUGCUCAACGAGGGGCUCAACUCUACCGCCAAACACCUCCAAUCGUCGCAGAGCUUGCUAGAAGACGAAGCCAGAGCUUGGGACGAAGGAGUGCUGGAGGACCUGAAGAGGCAAAGAGACUGCCUCGUCAGUAUGCGCGACUUGUUCGACCGCAGAGAUCGGCUUGAUCGUGACAACAUCCCGCAGCUUGAGCGGAGGAUUAAAAAUAAUGAGAACAAGCUGCAGGGCAUCAGCGACAGGCCGGAGCAUCUUGUCAAGCCUGGCGAGAAGGAGAAGGUCGAGGAGGCUAUUGUGAGGGAUAAGCAAUCUAUCGUCAACCAGCACGCCCGCAGCGUGUUCAUCAAGGAGUGUAUCCGUGAUGAGAUCAUGUACUUCCAGCAGUCGAUGUAUCACGUCAGCAAACUGCACCAAGAUUGGAGCCAGGAACGCGUAAAAUACGCUGAGCUGCAGGCUGACAAUUGGAGAGCGUUGAGUGAGGAGGUCGAUGGAAUGCCCCUGGGCGACUAA